GACUAAAAUUGUGCAAAGUUUAUGAAGAGUGAAGAAGUAAGGUUACCAGUGUUGUUGUUUGAGUAGAUAACGUUCCGAGAAAUGGACCCCGUCCAGGAAAGUGGCUUAUACAAACAUUUUGCAAACAUUGUAGGGAUAGUGUUCAACAACUGGACCGCUAUGAAGCUCGCUGUGGAACACGGCAUGGCCGGACCUCCAGCUAGCACACGACAGAAGCUCGCUGCUACAGUCGAGACUGCAGCUGAACUUCUGUAUUCAGGAACAGCGGACUGGGGCGAGUUGUCCGACUUCCUGGCUGAGACGAUGGACUCCGAGUUCUCCACGGUGCUGGAGGACGGCUCCAGCGAUAGUGUCGCAUCACACCUCUGUCAACUGUACAGAAUGUUCUCCUCUGGAGAUGUACAGAGCUUGGUGCUAGCCCUGGAGCCUCUACCUUGUAAAUCACCGAUACAUCUAGGUCCACAACCCGAGCUACGACCCUCGCCUGAGCGAGAAGAACAGAAGGAAUCACCCCCUCAAGAACCCCAAGAAGAAGGUUGGACAUUAGUCAAGAAAAAGUAGUCUUAGCUUGUAUAUAUUUUUAAAAAAAUAUUAAAAAGUUAUUUCUUGACAACAAAAGUUUACACAAUGUAUUACAUUAAUUGAUAUAAUCAUACUAAUUUAAUGGUUUCAUUGAUUUAUUGCUUGUCUCUUCAAGUUAUCCAGUACUUUUUCGUGUUACUUCGGAGUAUUUUUUUGUUUGUUUUCCUGAUAAGUUCCCAUAUGUGCAAAAUGUCAGGAGUUAUAGACAUUGACAGAGUUUAAGAUGAUACUAUUUUUAAAAACUCAUUGAACCUUUGUAAUUAAUUGUGAAAGA